AUGGGCCCCUGUACCGCCUCCUCAUGCUGCUGCCAGGCCCGUAAUCUGCCAUGGGCCCCUGUACCGCCUCCUCAUGCUGCUGCCAGGCCCGUAAUCUGCCAUGGGCCCCCGUACCACUCCUCAUGCUGCUGCCAGGCCCGUAAUCUGUCAUGGGCCCCUGUACCGCCUCCUCAUGCUGCUGCCAGGUCCAGAGUGUCUCAUGGGUCCCUGUACGGCCUCCCAUUGCUGCUGUCUCCAUCGCCACACUCUGCCAUGUGCCACUUUCAGGUCUCCUCACACUGCUGGUGGGUUCCAUUUUGUCAUAGGGUGCUGUAUGGCCUCCCAUUGCUGCUGCCUCCACCGCCACACUGUGGCUCCACACUCUGGUUUUGGCCCCGUGACUGCCCAAAAUGAGUGAAGUGUGCGGUGAUUCUAAUAUCGACGGCACUCAUCUGCAUGUCAUACUGACUGACAGUAUUAUUUCUCUUCCCCAGCAGACUCCAAGGGCAUUUAAAUUAAAGGUACAGUGUUCUGCACUAAUAUAA